AUGCCGACAGCAAUCAAGUCAACGAGCAACACCACUCCCGUGUUCUUCUUCAGCCAUGGCAGCACCAUGAUGCUCGGCGAGCAGAGUACGCCGGCGCAGUACUGGGAAGAGAUGGGCCGCGAGGCCAUGCGACGCGGGAUCAAGCGUGUCAUUAUGAUGGGCGCGCACUGGGAAUCGCCCACCGACGAGAUCCUCGUUGCGGCCAACCCGACCAAUCCCAAAAAGCAGCCCGUGGCGUGGGUUGAGCCCUCGCGCUACGUCGACUACAAGAUCAACUCUUCCCCGCGUCUGGCAGACGAGGUCGUGAACCGUCUACAGCAGAACGGCAUCAAGGCCAAGACCGAUCCGGAGCUCGAGUGGAUCCAUGACACGUUCAUCAUCCUCUGCUGGAUGUUCCCCGCGACGACCGCGCAUCCUCAAGGCCAGUGUCCCGAGGUGACGGUGGUGUCGGGUCUCUCAGUCUACAAUGCUCCACUCCUUGUGGACGUUGGCAAGGCUCUUCGAGACUUCCGCAACGAAGACACGCUCAUUAUUGGAACAGGAGGCACCGUGCACAACCUCUACCGCAACAACUGGAAGCAGAUCACCAUCUUCCGCGACAACUUUGCACAGCCCCUCCCGCCGGCCAAGUGGGCACUCGACUUCAGGACCGAGGUCGAGGAUGCGGUCGUCAACAACUCUGGCCCUGCACUCAUCAAUGCGGUGCUCAGGCUCAUGCGACACCCGCUCUACAGAGAUGCGCACGCCACCGACGAUCACUAUGCUCCGCUGCUGUUCGUCGCAGGUGCGGCUGGCUCGCUCAAGGACAAGGGCAAGAAGAACAAGAUCACCGCAGAGUGCUGGGAGCUCCAGAACAUGUGCAAUUCGCAGUUCCAAUUUGGCAGCUGGUAG